CCAUAACCCCAUGCACUCUGUCUAGUUGCUACACAGAAUCAGCUUCAUGCUUAUUCCUAAAUACUGAUGGCUUCAAAUAUCAGGACCGGGCCCAGGAACGCACAGCGCCGGUUAAAGCAGUAGAAACAGGAUUAACCCCAUCAUUCACUUCCAUUCUGGACUGAGGGAUCUUUUGAGGCCAGACUCAACACACAGGCUUCUGAAUGAAUGAGUGGGUGGGCCAUGACGUCAAUGUGGUGGGACCUUUACAGAUCCCACCCAGUGAUGUGUUCCCCCUAUCAGAGAGCUCACACUUUUUUGAUAUUCUGGCAGAGCAGAACAGUCCAUUGCUACAGGACCAGGAGGUCAUGCCUUUCACCAACUAUCCCAGCAUGCAGUACACCUCGGUGGAGCCCUCCAUGUCAUCACCAUCAUAUUACUCCAAUCAGCACUGCUACCCACAGUACAGCGGGGAGGAGUGGUUCUCUCCAACUACCAUGUUUGAGAUGAGAAAAGGACCGUUGGAGGGCGGCUUCGAUAAUGAGCUGGAAGAGUCUUGCCCUGUUGUCCCAACCGUGUGUAAAAGACCCAGACACGCAGCCCACUCCGGGCGAAGCAAAGGCGAGGAAUUGUGUGUGGUCUGUGGAGAUAAAGCAUCAGGGUAUCACUACAAUGCACUGACAUGUGAAGGAUGUAAAGGUUUCUUCAGAAGGAGUAUCACAAAGAAUGCUGUAUAUAAAUGCAAGAGUGGAGGAAACUGUGAGAUGGACAUGUAUAUGCGAAGGAAAUGCCAAGAGUGUCGACUCAGGAAGUGCAAAGAGAUGGGCAUGCUGGCAGAAUGCUUGUUAACCGAAAUCCAGUGCAAAUCCAAAAGGCUAAGGAAAAACACAAAGGCCUCAUCUGACGAAAGUACAGGGGAUGAUGUUGUUGACAGUCGAGAUGGUAAACAAGUUGUAUCUACCACUAAACCAUCCAAGGAGAAUUUAGAACUGAGCCAAGACCAGCAGGCUUUAAUAAAUUAUAUAGUCGAUGCUCACAACAAACAUCGCAUUCCUCAAGAAAUGGCGAAAAAACUGCUACAAGAGCAAUUUAACGCAAAAGAAAACUUCCUUCUACUGACCGAAAUGGCAACUACUCACGUUCAAGUUCUGGUUGAGUUCACAAAAAAUAUACCAGGUUUUUCAACUCUGGAUCACGAAGAUCAGAUCGCUUUAUUAAAAGGAUCCGCUGUAGAGGCAAUGUUCCUGCGUUCGGCGCAGGUCUUCUCCAAGAAACAGCCCAAUGGACACACAGAGGUGCUAGAGGACAGGAUCAGAAGGAGUGGGAUGUCUGAAGAAUUUAUCACACCCAUGUUUAACUUCUAUAGAAGCAUCGGGGAGCUGCAGAUGAUGCAAGAGGAACAUGCUCUCCUCACUGCUAUCACAAUCCUCUCACCAGACAGGCCAUACGUAAAGGACCAGCAGGCAGUAGAGCGUCUACAGGAGCCCUUGUUGGAGGUUCUAAGGAAAAUCUGUAAAAUACAGCACCCUCACGAUCCCCAGCACUUUGCACGGCUUCUCGGUCGUCUGACUGAGCUUCGCACCCUCAACCACCACCACGCCGAAAUGCUGGAGUCAUGGCGCAUGAGCGACCACAAGUUCACCCCCCUCCUCUGUGAGAUCUGGGAUGUUCAAUGACUUUGUGGAAGAGAAAACACACAAAAAAAUUGGCGGGUGAAGGACGAGUGCCUGAGACUUUUACUAAGCUGCCAAAGAAAGGAGUUUACACACUUUUGAGAGUAGCAGACUGUUAAAGUAUGAGAUGUAAACGUAAUAUAUUGUGAACCGCCAAGUAAAACAAUAAGUAAAAAAAUGUAAGAUAUUUUCAGCUCUUCAAGAAAAGCUUGAUGGACACCUUUUGAUAUUGUAAUGCCUUUGUAAAUAUUUACCUAGCCUUUGCAACUUCUCAGCGUGGUUUGUUUGAAAUCUCCUUUCCUUCAUCUGAGGAUUUUGUAGCUUUUUUUAGGUCUGUUUGUGUUUUGUGUAAUUCUUGUAAAUAUUUUAAGGUUCUCAAAAUCUGUACUUUUCACUUUUUUCGAGAAUCAUGUAACCAUUCUACUUUUGUGCCCAAAUAUACGUGUUUAUCUGUAAACUUGUGUUUAUCGUAGUGAAAUUCUACUGAAACAGUAUAUU